AUCAAGGUCAAAUAAUAUUUUUUUAUGGACCCAAAUAGUCUAUUUAGUUGGUACAAUACCUAACUCGUCGACUCAAAUGUAUUUUUAUUUUCUGUUGGCACAAAUGAACAUGACUGCAAUAUAUAAAACGAAGUAAAAGUGGGGUUGGAGAUAGAGGAGGGAAAAUGGGGAAGGGGAAGGAGAGUAUUCCGACGAUAGAUCUUUCAAAUUUCCCUGGAGAGUAUGGGAAACUGAGGGAAGCAUGCGCAGAGUGGGGAUGUUUCAGGGUGGUGAACCAUGGCAUCCCUCUGGACCUGAUGUGGGACAUGAAGAAGGUUGCGAGAUCUCUCUUGGACCUUCCCGUGGAAAUCAAGCGCCGGAAUACGGACGUGAUCGCCCGAAGCGGGUACCAGGAGCCCAGCCCUGUCAACCCUCUUUACGAAUCAUUAGGCCUCUAUGACAUGGCCUCAUCCCAUUCUGUGCAGACCUUCUGUUCUCAAUUGGAUGCCUCCCCUCACCAAAGUGAGAUCAUGGAGAAGUAUGCUCAAGCAAUUUAUGCGUUAACCAUGGAAAUAGGAGGAAAGCUAGCUGAAAGCUUGGGGUUGAAUAGUGAUUUCUGCAAAGAAUGGACGUGCCUAUUCAGGAUAAACAAGUACAACUUCACCCCGGAAGUGGUAGGCUCCACCGGAGCACAAAUCCACACGGAUUCCAGCUUCCUGACAAUACUUCAGCUGGAUGAAAAUGUUGGUGGUCUGGAGGUUAUGGAGAGGAACUCCGAUGCCUUUAUACCUGUCGAUCCCUUGCCCGGAGCCCUUUUGAUCAAUCUCGGAGAUGUUGCUACGGCAUGGAGCAAUGGAAGGUUGUUCAAUGUGAAGCACAGAGUGCAGUGCAAGGAAGCAGGAGUCAGGGUGUCGAUUGCAACAUUCCUGUUGGGACCUAAGGAGGCAGCGGUGGAAGCCCCGCCGGAGCUGGUGGAUGCAGAGCAUCCUCGCCUUUAUGUACCUUUUACCUAUGAAGAGUACAGGAAGCUCCGGAUCUCCUCAAAAUCUGCGGCCGGGACAGUUGACCUCUUGCGCAUCCAUUCCUGAGCCUGAAAAAAAAAAGGGUCAAGGGAGGCCGAAGCAGUCGUCCGGUCAAUUCUCUUUAAUAAAUAGUAUUUUUCUAG